GCCUCGGAAAUGUUUUUCGCCGGUCCUUUUGGGCGUUGCGUUGCCCCCAAGGAAGCCGAUCCUUGUCAAUGGCGUCUUCCGCACGGCCCACAUGGCCCGUCUCUCGUCGAACCAGAUCUGGGCGUAUCUGGCCGUCGCUUCCAUCGAAUGACAGGGAAGGCAACUGCGCGGCGAAUCUUUGGACAGUCAAGGACGAUUGCCAAUAGCUUUUGCGUGCUUCACAAUCGACAGGGAUGUGCUGCCUGGAUCCUGGACGGGCUGGGCAAGCUGGAUGCGAAUCGAUAAUUGCGCUUCCCCGGUCAUCGCUUCCGCUCCCCAGGAGCCGAUGUUGGACAGGGUUCGAUGGCAGGGUUUUUCAUUGAGAACACCGAUCGGGACCAAGAUCUCGGGAGGACUGUGUACUCUUAUGUUUCGCUUCCUUUCUGAUCAAUUUUGAUCCACUGACCGGAUUCUUCACUGUUUUUCUGAACUGCCCAGGGCCAGUGCCCUAUCGCGUUCACUCCCAUCGCCAGGCUCAACUCACGGCGCUGCCUGACUUGCCGACGGCACUGAGGCUGGACAUCGAUCUCACGGAAUGUCGCUGUCAGAACCAGCCAUCCCGGCUCCGCCGGGCGAGGUGUCGGACCUUGAUAAUCCAGAGGAUGUCAUCCACACGGUCAACUUUGCGACGCAAGUCAUCUGCCUCGUUGUCGUGACGAUCGUCGUGGCGCUGCGGUUCCUUGUCAAGGCAAGGCUGCGGAAGCCUUUGGAAUUGGAAGACUGGACUACCAUUCUUGGAUGGGUCCUCUUUGUUGGGUUCUGCGCGAAUAUGAUUAUACUGGGCAACUACGGCGGUGGCUACCACGCAUGGGACGUCUCGGAGAGCGACAUGAUCAACUUCCAAAAGGCCUCCUACGCCGUCACCCUCGUCUACGUCCCCAUGGUCUUCGUGAUCAAAGUCGCGCUCCUCGCCGUCAUGCUCCGCAUCUUCGCCGUAGACAGACAGAAGGUCAUGCUCGUCUACGGGACCAUCGUCGUCCUCCUCCUUUACUACAUCCCGGCGCUGUUCAUCAAGAUCUUCUUCUGCAAGCCCAUCUCGGCAUACUGGUACGGCGUCGAAGCUACAAACGGGACAUGCCUCGACCAGCGCAAAGUCAUCAUCGCCGAUGCCACGAUCAGUAUGAUAAGCGACUUUUGGAUACUGGUUCUUCCGAUCCCGAUGCUCUGGUCGCUCAAGAUGAAUCUUAAUAAGAAGUUGCGCGUGAUUGGGAUUCUGGGCGCCGGUGGGCUCGCGACGGGGUUUAGUAUCUGGAGGCUGGUGAUGAUGGUUGAGGAGAGUCGCACGCCGGAUACAACGUGGUUUUGGAUUCAUUGUGUGCUCACGGGCAACGCCGAAGCGGGCAUCGGCCUCAUCUGCGCCUGCCUCCCAACACUGAGCUCCUACAUCGUCACCCGCAAGCUCAAAUCGCAAUCCGGAUCGGGCAGCUAUCGCCGAAACUACGAGCUGAACAGCUACAACAAGCUCUCGAGCGCGAACAAGAAGGGCAGCGUGGAUCCCACGGCGACAAUGGCGUCGUUUGGUGGGGCGCGUACGGAUGAGGCAUAUUUGUUUUCGACCGUUGAGGCCGAAGGUGGGAGGGAGCCGUCCUUGGGAGGUAGUUCACAAGAGCGAGAGCGGGUAGGGAUACAGAAGGAUGUUCUUGUUCAGCAGAGUUUCGAGUAUGUGAAAUAGGCUGUACGUACUUGUAAUCGGAUUCAUGUCUUUCCUUUGUCUAAAUUGGGGCGGUGAUCCUAGACACCUCCGGUGUUGUUUUGAGCUCGAAUUCGCAGCCAUCAUGGGUUGAGGACUGGUGGGUCGGCAGGUUGAUCAUGCAGUGCCAAAGCGGCACGCGCUGGAAUGUUGGGUUGCUUUCUUCUAGGGCAGCAGCAUCGGAUGGAGCAGGCUGGCAGCGGCAUGACUAUUCGGAGAUGUGUCCAUCUUUGUAGUAUCGCUGCUGGGAAGUGAGCGAAACAUAGGUUAGGCCGUCACGCAGCCUCCCACACAGGAUCUCAAGCUGCCGUGAUAUACUCUCGGCGCUCAAAACUGUCGAAGGAACAUUGUUAGUAUCACGCAACUCGGCGAGCCGGUCGCUAGGAUAUUGUUC